AUGAAGACUUCGCGCUUGCUGAGCAAAGUUGAUCCAGCACUGAUUGUCCAGAAGCGCCUCCCCUGGCAGGUUCGGAAGAACCAACUGCGGCAGCGGUUCUGGGAUGAGGAAGAGGUCGAGAAGCCGCAAUCGAAGACACCUGCCAUUGUG